AUGUUGGUCUUGUGCGUCGGAGCUGGAGAUGGGUUCGGGGGGAGCUUGAGGGACCUCCCGUCACAGUUUCGGGAGCUGUUGGUUGCCGGGAGGAUUGACACGGUCUGCUGCACUGACCACGUCGGAGAAGACAGCCUUGACUACCUCAGCACGCUGUCUCCGAACGUACACAGCACACCAGGACGCGGCGACAUCGAAGCGGCCGACACGUCAGCUGUGCGCACGGGGAAUGGGGUGGGCAUCGUGAUGGUCGCUGGGCGCGCGAUCCCACCCAGCACGCGCAGCCUGCGGUCUCUCGCGAUGCGGCAUGGCGCGAGCAUCAUCGUGUCGAGCUCCGGAGCCCCUGACGUGUGCGACGUUGGCGGUGUUCUUGUGGUGCGCGUCGGUUCCCUGCUGGGCAACAAGCCAUCGUCGCCGGGCAGUUCAUCGCAGGGACCGUACUCCUUCCAGCUGCUGGACAUCGGGCAGGAGGGCAGGUGUGUGUGCUACACGUACCGGCUGACGGACCUCUCAGGGCAGGUGGACAUCGCCAAGAAGGUAUUCUCUCUGCAGCAAGUCUGA